AGUUGUCAAAGUUCCGGCGUCUCAGUGGUUUGUUUACAUCCCAAAAAUUGUGGCUUUUCUGGGAUUUUCCUGUGCUGACCAGUGAAAAUUGGUGUCCAGAAUGAGUUCAGGAGGCAUGCUAUAUGGUGGUGAUGAAAUCGGAGCGCUGGUCUUCGAUCCAGGCCACCAAUCACUCAGAGUUGGGUAUGCCCAAGAGGACACGCCAAAAGCGGAAAUUCCGGCUGUUGUGGGUGUGGGGCCCGACAACAGUACUCCAAUUACGGAUCUUGAGGCUCGGCCUGACAAUAAUAUCACACCCAGCAAGAAUUUCAAGUACUAUGUCGACACAACAUUCUUGAACGUCCCGCGAGCUGGACUGGAAGUGCAAACAUACAUGAAGGAUGGCAUGAUUGACAACUGGGAUCUGUUUGAGAAGGUCCUGGACUAUGUUUACGCCAAGGUGAUCCAAUCGGAGUCUGAGUAUCAUCCAGUGUUGUUUUCCGAAGCUUCAUGGAACAUCAGGAAUAACCGGGAAAGGCUGACUGAGCUGAUGUUUGAGAAGUACAAUGUACCAGCUUUUUUCUUGGUAAAGAACGCAGUUCUGGCCGCUUUUGCCAACGGUAGAGCUACGGCUCUAGUUGUGGACAGUGGAGCCACUCACACCUCAGCGAUUCCUGUCCAUGAAGGAUACGUCUUGACUCAGGCUAUCAUCAAGUCUCCUCUCGGAGGAGACUAUUUGUCCAUGCAAUGCCGCCAAUAUCUGGAAGCUCAGGGCAUUGAUUUAACCCCGGCGUACUGCAUUCAGACAAAGGACGUCAUCAAGGAGAGAGACACGCCGCGCUUCGUCUUGAAAAAUCUCCCUGAAAAGAUGACAGCCUCUUGGCAGCAAUACAUGCUACGAUCACUCCUCCAAGAUUAUCAGAUGUCCGCGGUGCAGGUGUUGGAGUCGCCGUACGACGAGCGAACUGCCGCACAGAUUCCAGCUGUUCACUACGAGUUCCCAACUGGCUAUCAUCAGGACUUCGGCUCCGAACGCUUCAAGCUGGCAGAGAGUCUCUUCGAUCACACGAUGCUGGGCGCCGGCCAGUUGGCAUCCACCAGCGUGGGAAUGUGCGACGCCGACGUGAGGCUGUCUCUCUACGGAUCCGUCGUGGUGACUGGCGGGAAUUCCCUGCUCCAGGGCUUCCCAGAGCGCCUCAACCGUGAUCUGCAACUUCGCGCUCCGUCUAACACGAGACUCAAGAUGAUUUCGGCCAACGGUAGUAUUGAGAGGCGCUUCGGAGCGUGGAUUGGAGGAUCGAUUCUCGCCAGCAUCGGAACAUUCCAGCAGAUGUGGAUCUCAUCGCAGGAAUACGAGGAGUCUGGCAAGAGUCAGGUGGAGAGGAAAUGUCCGUAGAGACGCAAUCAUGAUUAGGAUAAGUUGAUGGAUUUCUCAUAUGUAUUGUGCUGAGCUGAUUGAAUUUUCAAGACUCCACGGUAUGUUUUCAUUUCUUUUUUGUUCAGAGAUUUUUGGGGAAAA